AUGUUCACCGUCAAUGUAGCUUUCCACACCAAAAGGCCACCCACACACGAACUCACCAUAAAAGCAACCUGCCCCAUGGAGCUGAAAAACUUUCCAAUGGAUCUACAAUCAUGUCCACUUAUAAUCGGCAGUUAUGGUUACACAAAUCGCCAACUAGUCUAUGAGUGGAAAGGUGAAGACGAUGCGGUAUCGUUUGUGCCGGGCAUGACGCUGAAUCAAUUCGAUUUGAUUAGCAUGAAACAACGCAAUUUCACGUACACCAGACGCGAAGGAGAUUUCUCUGUGCUGCAUGUAGCUUUCAAUCUUAAACGACACACAGGCUAUUUUCUAAUACAGGUUUAUGUGCCCUGCAUACUGAUAGUGGUCUUAUCGUGGGUCUCCUUCUGGAUACAUCGCGAGGCAACUAGCGAUCGUGUUGGACUUUGCGUGACCGCUGUGCUCACUCUAUCCACAAUAAGUCUGGAUUCACGCACUGAUUUACCCAAAGUGAAAUAUGCUACAGCUUUGGAUUGGUUUCUGCUGAUGAGUUUCCUUUACUGCAUUGCGACGCUUUUGGAAUUCGCAGGCGUACAUUAUUUUACAAAGGUCGGCAGCGGUGAAAUACCCAUAAGCGAGGAUGAAUGGGAGGACAUUGACGAGGGCAUUGCUGAUGAUGAGGCCGAAGAGGACAUACAGAGCUGCUCGAUAAAACGCAGUAAUGAAUCUGUUUGCGAAAUUCAACAUUCUUUAGCUGGUAACUUUUGCAAGCGCAAUGCAAUGAUAUGUCCUAUUUAUAAUGAUCCGACACAAAUCUUUCCGGCUCCCUCCUCGCAUUGCUCGACCAUGGAACGCACCACACAAACCGAGCCGCCAGUUAUCUCUAAAGCACGUCAAAUGUGGCUUUGUCUAAUUGGUGAUGAGAAAUUUCGUAAACAACGCGAGCGCGAUGCGGCGGUAACAAAAGGUACUCGCUAUGUGAAUAGCGUCUCGCUUAUCGAUCGAGUUUCGCGCGUCGCUUUCCCGAUGUCGUUUGCUUUCUUUAUGCUGCUCUAUUGGCUAGCUUAUGGCGUAUACAAAAAAGAGUUUAAAAACUGGUCAACAAUGAAGGGUUAAGGAUUCGACAGAGGGGGGGGUUAUUUGGACAAAUCAAAAAUAUAAAUAAGAUAAAUAAUAUCAAUACAAAUAAAUAAGAUAUGAUGAUAAUAUUUUACAAAACAAAACGCUUAGUUAACAUAAUCAGAGCAAUAAAGACAAACACCACAACAAACAACGAGCUUCUUUUAUAUUUAAUUAGCCAACUUAGUGAAUAAAUAAGUACCUACUUAUAGUUACAUAAAAUCGGUUAUAUAGUUUGUAAGCUAGCAUGUUUAUA